AUGGGAGCCUACAGCAUAGAUAUUUGUCAUGAUGAGGGGCAGAACACUGGAUGCAGUAGAAUAUCUGACUCAUUAGGAAUAUCAAAAGCACGGAAGUCCUCGGAUGACUCGCCUCCUGCACCUCAAGAUGCCCAAUAUUCCAUAGAUGAAAAAAAAGCUAUCACUGUUUGCACAGAGGCUACCUACUCUAUUUUUGGAAUUCCCGAACAAGAACAAGUUGACGGCCAAGACGUGAUCAACUAUCUAACCACCCUAACAACUUCGGAAUUCUUUGACGAUGCCAUAACAAGUCCUGAAGAAAGCUGUGCCCGGAGCCUGCGUGUGAAACCUUUUCCACUUUCAAUAGCAUCAAAGGAUAAUGGUACUCUUCAGAGUCAGACUGAAUUGCAACGCAAUGAACACUUGAGAUUGGUUCCCGAGUUCGAUAACCUAAUGGCCCAUCUUUACCAGUGGGCUGACGUGCGGCAAGACUAUAUUGAUCAGGUCUGGGGGGAUGCAGUUCCGCUCGAAUCAUUUACUCGCUCGACAUGUGAACAGUCUGAAAGUGUUAACCCGAAAGCCUACAAUUCGAAGGCUAUUAGGCGGCUAGACGCUAUACUUGAUCAUAUACAGGCAGAUUUUUAG